AGUUGGGUGAAGCAAAUUCUCAGGUCUGUCUGUCAUGUCUUUACUUCUUCUUCUCAUAAAGGAAAACACUUCUUGAUCUCAUCAAGUUCCCAUCUUUGUACACAUCUCUUCAUUCAAAAACUCUACAUUUAUAUCUCUAUAUAUGCAGAUUCCAAGCUUGUAAUAAUUCUUGUCAUCAUGGGUUUUUUUCUUGCCUUGUCUCUCCAGAAAACUUAAUUUUCACAAUUAUGAAUUAUUUUCCUUAUUUUUGUUACUUUCUUCUGUUUGAUGCUCUUUCCCCAUGAAAGAAAGAAAGAGAAAGAAAGAUCACAAGGGUUUUAUUUGGUCACCAGAUUAAGAAUUAGGUUAUCUUUUUUUUUUUUUUAGUUUCUCACAUGUAGAUCUCUGCUAGAUUCUCUUUCCUUUCUUGUCAGCUAAAGUGGAGUUUUUGAGUCUGAAAAUCUUCCAAAUCUGUUGUAUUUCUUCUUCCUCUCUUCUCGAAACUAAGCAUGGUUUUGUCUCUCUCUUCUUUCUGUGUAAUAAUGUUUCUUGUGUUUCCCUUAUGUACUAUAACUUCAGUUUCAUGUGCAUCAGUGCCUUCUUCUUCUUCCUCUUCAAUAUCAAUUUGAUUUGUUUUCUCUCUCCAUAUUUCCAAUUUUUUUUCUUUAUCAAAAGUUAUUUAAUCUUUUGCUCUGUGAAAACAAACUAAAGAAUGCGUAAGAAUGCCUACAUACAUCAGAUCAAUGAAUUUGAUGGGAAGAGGAAAGAUAGAAAUAAAGAGGAUAGAGAACUCAACAAAUCGACAAGUGACGUUUUGCAAAAGAAGAAAUGGACUUCUGAAGAAAGCCUAUGAGCUUUCGGUCCUUUGCGAUGCAGAAGUUGCGCUCAUUGUUUUCUCCACUCGUGGCCGUCUCUAUGAAUACGCCAAUAACAACAUAAGAUCAACCAUUGAGAGGUACAAGAAAGCUUGUUCUGAUAGCACCAACACUAGCACUGUCCAAGAAAUCAAUGCCGCGUACUAUCAACAAGAAUCUGCUAAGCUGAGACAACAGAUCCAAACGAUUCAAAACUCCAACAGGAAUCUGAUGGGAGACUCUUUGAGUUCCUUAAGUGUCAAGGAACUAAAACAAGUUGAGAAUCGCCUUGAGAAAGCUAUCUCUAGGAUCAGGUCCAAGAAGCAUGAGUUGCUUUUAGUUGAAAUCGAAAACGCGCAGAAAAGGGAGAUUGAGCUUGACAAUGAGAACAUCUAUCUAAGAACUAAGGUAGCAGAAGUGGAGAGGUAUCAACAACACCAUCAUCAAAUGGUUAGUGGUUCAGAGAUUAAUGCAAUUGAAGCUUUAGCCUCACGCAAUUACUUUGCUCAUAGCAUUAUGACUGCUGGUUCUGGAUCUGGUAAUGGAGGUUCUUACUCUGAUCCCGACAAGAAAAUUCUUCAUCUCGGAUAAUCUCGUCUGCGAAAAACCGAGCUGCAAUAACUCUCUGCAUGCAUCUGGGGAUUCUUUGCUCAGAUUUAUCUCUACAUAAAAUAUGUUUUGGUGCAAAAUAAUUCAAAGUACAAUGAAGGUAUUGGUCCUUCAAGACUCAUUGCAAUUUGUGUUGUGUAAUGAUUAAGACAUACUCUAGUUUUUAUUGCUUCGUAUCAUAGUAUCUAUUCUAUGGUAUCUUAUUUAGUGAUUCAUAUGACC